GAUUGAUACCCCCAGGCUGUGGGGAAGCGGCCGGCGGAGCGAGGGGCAGGCCAGGGCGCGGGGUCCUGCCGAGGCCUGCACGUGGCAGCGGAAGGAGGAAGCGCCGGCCGCGAGCGCCGCCACCCCCGGGGGUGAGGCGCCAUGGCGGGGGGCUGGGCCGGCUUCUCCGAGCAGGAGCUGCGGAGGCUGCGGGGGCCGCGCGCAGGUACCGGCCGGGAUACAUCUGAAUCUUCUGAUCAGCAGCGUCGACCCCUGUCUGUAAAUAAGAGCCGUCAGCAGUUGCUACGAGAAAAAGCUCUUCAGCAACAAUGUCAUAAACUGGGACUGCAGGAUGGAGCAGCCUCUGUACCUCCAGAACAGCUGCUUUCUGUACCAAAACACAAGCUCUGUCUUCCUCAGCAGCCUCUGCCGUCACCUCCUCUAUCCCCAAUCAAGGAUCAAAGGCAACAUGACACCAGAGAUCAACAGAAUGCACAGGGACUUGAAAAUCCUUGUAAUGGCAAUGAAAAUCCCCAGGAAUUCCCUGUAAAGAUGGAUUUCAAACUGGAGAAAAAGAGAGUGGAAUUGCAGGAGAAAUCUCGUUGGGAAGUUCUCCAGCAGGAGCAGCGUCUGAUGGAAGAGAAGAAUAAACGCAAGAAGGCACUCCUGGCCAAAGCCAUUGCUGAAAGAUCCAAAAGAACUCAGGCUGAAACAGUGAAACUAAAGCGGAUCCAAAAAGAGCUACAGGCUCUGGAUGACAUGGUGUCUGCUGACAUUGGGAUCUUAAGAAACCGAAUCGAUCAGGCCAGCAUGGAUUAUUCAUUUGCUCGGAAGCGAUAUGAUAAGGCAGAGUCAGAGUAUGUAGCAGCAAAGCUAGAUUUCCAACGGAAGACUGAAAUCAAGGAGCGUCUCACAGAGCAUCUAUGCACUAUAAUACAGCAGAAUGAACUUCGUAAGGCCAAGAAGCUGGAAGAGUUAAUGAAGCAGCUGGAAGUGGAGGCAGAUGAAGAAAAUCUGGAACUUGAGAUUGAGGUGGAGCAGAUGCUGCAGCAGCAGGAGGCAGAAGCAGGGAGACAGGCUGCCCAGUCUCAGAAUCUGUCUCGGACUGCUGAGGAAAAUGCAGCUCCAUGUGCUACAGCAAAGGAGAAUGAGCAUGCUGGUGCUGCUUCUGAACUGUUAGUGGAGCAGCCUGGAAAUUCCUGUAGCAAGUCACUUUCAAAUACGGGUAGCCAAAAUCAAUCAGUAAACACUACUCAGGAUGAAACCCCAGCUCGCUCUGAUACAUUACUAUUAUAUGCAGAUAAGGUAGCAUCUGAUGGAUGAUAUACUUGAUUUACUGCAAGCUGUAGGUUACUCUAAGGCUUCUGCAGUGUCAGUAACGCAUCCCUCUUACAUUACCUCUAUUUUUAAUUUGAUUUAAAAUCUAUUUUUAGUGACCUGUCAGAAUCUUCCAUUUUGGGUCACCUGUCUGUCCUGUUUUGUAUUUUUAGGUCCAUUCAUCCCUGGAUUUGCUCACUAUUUAUGGAGCUUUGUGAGAUUGGGGCUUGCUAGGAGGGAGUACUAAGAAGUGGGCAGCAAUGUUUGUCUGUAGGCUGGGCUUGUGUGAGAGUGAAAAUUCCCAGCUAACCAUUGCAGACAUCAAACCAAGAAAGAGAGAUGUUUGUUUUCUUGAGAAGGUGUCAUAAAAGGUUAGGUUUUAUUACAGAGAUGUUCUUUUCCUCAUUUACAUAGGACAUUUCAAAUGUGUCCACAAAUUUCCUUUGCAAAUGUCUUUUAAUCGUGUAAAACCCAGCAAGUUUUCCGAGACAUCCUUGGAUAUGGUAGCUGAUACUUUAUUCUGUAGAGAAUUAUAAACAAAUUUAGAUUUGUAUGUUGCUACAAAGGCCAGAUUGGCUGUAAAUAUUUCCUGUUUAUAACUGGUGUCUAUUUUUUACAAAUUAUUGUAAAAUUCUUAAUAUCUGGUCUUUGGAGUCUGAUUUGUGAAAUUACAGCAUGAAAUGUUACAAAAGUAUCAGCUUAAUGUAUGGUAGAAAGGAGGUGGUUGCAGACAGAAACACUACACUAGAGAUCUGGCUAGUAUUGAGGCAAAUGCGGUUACAAAUAUUUGUCUCAUUUUCAGUAACAUCAUAGCUGCCUUAAAUCCGAGACGUCAAACUGGUGUUGAUAAAAUCAUGAAUAACCCCAAAAGUAAAUGGGAACUAAGCCUUUCCAUACAUUAUGUAAUGUUCAGUAAAUUCAAGUUAACAACUUCCUUGCCCUCAGGGUGGGUGCGUAUAACCCCACUAGAACCUUGUUAAUUUGCUCAAUUAUUGUUUUCAAAGGGAUUUUAAAAAAAUCAUUCCAGAUGGGGAAAGACAAAAGAAUACAAUUCUGGUUUUGUGAUGACCUCUUGGAGUAAAGUGGUUGGCAGAGAGCCUAUGAUGCAACCAUGAACCAGACAGAAAUUUUCAUAUCUUCUCUGCUACACAAUCUGCAGCUUUCUUUCACUAUGGAAAUUUUAACUGUUUCUCUUAUACUGAACGUUUGUGUGCCACGGUUUGAUAAUCACUGGAGUGACCCCAACCGAAUGCGAUUGUGAGGGACCAAUUAUCUAUUCAGUCAUUGAAAGCCAUGACACUUUAUUCACAAUUUUUAUUGUAAAAAUAAAUUCAUGUAUCUUCUUUGUGGCUUGUUUACUUUCAGUUAUAGUAUUUGGUGUUCAAGAGAUGGGACAAGAAUAGAUUCUGAAUAA